CAUUUUUAUCAUCUUUUGCAUUGAGAAAAAACCUUUCACCCUCACUGCAAUCUGCAUCUUCACCACUCUUCUUUCUUCAUCGUCACUAACCCAGAAAAAUCCACCAAAACCCAGAAAAGCUCAAAACUUGAAGAGCAUACACAUGGCUCAUGAUACACAGAGCAAAAAGCCUUGACACAGAACGACUCUCAGCUUGAUAUCAGCAAGCCCCAAAUGCACUCAGAGUCUCCUUAACCAUCAAAUGAGUUUGAGUUGCUUCAUCUCUUGUUGGGGGGUGAAUGGGUUGCAUGGUGUCUCAGCUAGCUGCGAAAUUCGCCUUCUUUCCACCGUCUCCACCCACUUACCAGCUCAAGAAGCGGGAUGACGGCAAGUUCACGGUGGUGUCGACGGCGUCUCCGUCGGCGCCGAUUCCUCACGCCGAGGACAGCUCCUUGGAUGUUCUGCUGGUUGAUACAAAGCAUGGAAACAAGAUUGUGGCUUUUUAUCUGAGGAACCCUUAUGCACGCCUCACUCUUCUUUACUCUCAUGGCAAUGCUGCUGACCUGGGUCAGCUCUAUGAUCUCUUUGUGCAACUCAAGGUCAAUCUUAGAGUUAAUCUCAUGGGAUAUGACUACUCUGGAUAUGGGGCCUCUACUGGCAAGCCUAGUGAAUCCAGCACAUAUGCUGACAUAGAGGCAAUAUAUGAAUGCCUUGAAACUGAAUAUGGAGUUUGCCAGGAAGACAUAAUCUUGUAUGGGCAAUCAGUUGGAAGUGGACCAACACUGCACUUGGCAGCUAAGUUGCCAAGGUUGAGAGGCGUGGUUCUACACAGUGGCAUUCUUUCUGGUCUUCGAGUGCUCUGUCAUGUGAAGUUCACAUUUUGCUGUGACAUUUAUCAGAACAUCAACAAAAUAAAGAAGGUCAAGUGCCCUGUACUAGUAAUACAUGGUACUGAAGACGAUGUUGUCAAUUGGUUACAUGGAAAUGGACUGUGGAAAAUGGCAAGGGAGUCAUAUGACCCUUUAUGGAUUAAAGGGGGUGGUCACUGCAACUUGGAGCUUUACCCUGAUUACAUACGCCAUCUUUGCAAAUUUAUCCAAGAAAUGGAGAGUAUGACAACUGAAAAGCGCCUAAAAAAGAUUCGGCAAACUGUGAACCUGCGAUCAAAGUCAAGCACUGGUUCCACCUGCAGAUGCUGUAAAAUGAUGUGUUGUAGAUUCAAGUGUCCUGAAUGCUCUAAUUGCAGCUGCAUAAAUUGUUCCUGGUCUCUCAAAUGUCCUGAAUGCUGCUGGAAACCUAGCUGCAUAAAGUGUUGCAACUUGCCCAAGUUCCCAAAUUGUUUUGGAUCAAGCUGCUGCAUAAAGUGUGGCAACUUGCCCAAGUUCCCAAAUUGUUUUGGAUCAAGCUGCUGCACAAAAUGCUCAAGGCCUAGCUGUUGUCCAAAAUGUUCAUUGCCUAGCUGUUACCCCAAGUGUGCAAGACCAACUUGCUGCAUGAAGUGUUUCUGUUGGGAAUGUUGUGUGGGAAAACACAGUGGCAAAGAUGGAAAACAGAAUGGGUAAAUGGUCAUAACAUGCUUGUAUAGAUGGGCCAGUCAUGCUAACACACCCUUGAAUAUUGUGCAGUGGUGUACAAACAGGAGGAAGUAGUGGGUGACAAUUGUAGGAAAGUGAUAUGAGCUUGUGUCCUCUAUUUUUUUUUUUUUUU